AUGCGCGCCUUCACUUACUGUAUUCUCUCUUUCAUCGGCGUAGCUCACGGCCUACCUAUACUGUUGGCCGAGCACAAGCGGGACCAGCUCAUCAACCUCAGUCCUAAUCUCGAUCUCGGACUCACGGCUAAUAAUGAUAACUCCUGCCUCGGGUUAGGCAUUUCCGUGUGCGAUCCCAUCACCGUCGACUCUGAGAAGAACUCCACCGUUGUACAUGACAACGGUUCUAAGGCUAAGGAAGAGCCUAGCACCACAGAUAAUGGCUCCGGGAAUUCUCUGAUCAACUUGAGUCCCGAUGUCGACCUUGGCCUCAACCUGAGCAAUGAAAACAGCUGCUUAGGCAUCGGCAUUAGCGCCUGUGAUCCCAUUACUGUCGGUUCGGAUGUCACAAACACAGUCAAAGACGGUGGCGACGAGGCCAAGGCCGAACCAUCUUCUGCAGCAUCUACAACCACAACUACACCUGCAACAUACCCUGUUCAAUCUAGUCCCCCAAGUAGCACCAAUGCCAAUAGCAGCCCAACUAGUAGCCCUACUACCAACGGCGGCGGUAACAGUCUACUCGACCUCAGUCCAAAAAUUGCACCAGAUAUCAACCUAAGCAACGACAACAGCUGUCAAGGCAUUGGCAUUUCAGCCUGCGACCCCAUCACGGUGGAUUCCGUCGUCAAAAACAUAAUCUCAUAA